CUAUUGACCAUGAAGCCAUCAGGUACCCUUCUGCUUUUGGUCAGUAUGGCUUAUUUGUUCAUUUUUGUGGGAACUGUGAGCCAAGGAGGCUAUCGGGCCUUUUGCAGUAACUAUGAGAAACAAACUACAAAUGGAAAACCCUGUUCUAAGAUCCAAAAACCUGUGUGUGGUACUGAUGGUCAGACUUACCAGAACCCCUGUGAAUUCUGCAAAGCAACUAUUGUUAAAAAUGGAAAAUUUUGCUUCAAACAUGAAGGGAAAUGUUGAUUCUACUGGUGCUACAAAGAUGGAUGUGCUUUCAAUUCCCGUUUGCAUUAGAAAAAUUAAUCUCAGAUGCUUUGUCCCCUACUACAAUAUAUUUCCUGUCACUAAUUAUGCGUAAAAGAAAGCAGUUUCAAUAAAGUCAUCUUGGCAGAG